AUGAACUCCGGAGCCAUGAGGAUUCACAGCAAAGGACAUUUCCAGGGUGGGAUCCAAGUCAAAAAUGAAAAAAAUAGACCAUCAGUGAAAUCUCUAAAAACUGACAACAAAUCAGAAAAAUCCAAAUAUAAGCCACUUUUGGGUAAAGUGUUCUACCUUGACUUACCUUCUGUCGCAGUGUCUGAGAAACUGCAAAAAGACAUUAAGGAUCUAGGAGGGCGAGUUGAAGAAUUUCUCAGCAAAGAUAUCAGUUAUCUUAUUUCAAAUAAAAAGGAAGCUAAAUUUGUACAAACUUUGGGUCGAGUUUCUCCUGUACCAAGUCCAGAAUCUGCGUAUACUGCAGAAACCACUUCACCUCAUCCUAGUCAUGAUGGAAGCUCAUUUAAAUCUCCAGACUCUGUGUGUUUAAGCAGAGGAAAAUUACUAGUUGAAAAAGCUAUCAAGGACCAUGAUUUUGUUUCUUCAAAUAGUAUAUUAUCAAAUGCCUUGUCAUGGGGAGUAAAAAUUCUUCAUAUUGAUGACAUUAGAUACUACAUUGAGCAAAAGAAAAAAGAGUUGUAUUUACUCAAGAAGUCAAGUGCUUCCAUGAGAGAUGUGGGGAAAAGAGUUUAUACUCAGAAAACAAGAUCAGGUAGACUCAAAAAGCCUUUUGUAAAGGUGGAGGAUAUGUGCCAACUGUAUAGGCCAUUUUAUCUUCAGUUGAUCAACAUGCCUUUUAUAAAUUAUUCUAUCCAGAAGCCUUGCAGUCCAUUUGAUGUGGAUAAAACAUCUAGUACACAAAAGCAAACUCAGGUUAAACUAAGGAUCCAGACAGAUGGUGAUAAAUAUGAUGGAACCCCAAUUAAGCUCCAUUUGAAAGAGAAGAAGAAAAAAGGAUAUUGUGAAUGUUGCUUGCAGAAAUAUGAAGAUCUUGAAACUCAUCUUCUAUGUGAGCAACACAGAAACUUUGCACAGAGCAACCAGUAUCAAAUUGUUGAUGACAUCAUAUCUAAGUUAGUUUUUGACUUUGUUGAAUAUGAAAGGGACACACCUAAAAAGAAAAGAGUAAAAUACAGUGUUGCAUCCCUUUUUCCUCUUACUACAAAUGUCUUUAAGAAGACUGAACCAAAAGAACAGCUAGAAUUGCAGCAUAUGCCUCAGAGUGACUUUGGAGGAAAUAAUAUUAUACAGGUGAUCGAGCAGAAUUUCCUGUAUAAAGAAACCCAAGAACCUCAACAAGAACUUACGUUCAUUUCAGAACCUUCCCUUUGUCUUUCAAAUGAGCCAAGAGAACUUGAGAAAAAGACUAGUAAAUGUUCCAUAUUAAAUAUAACAGAAAAUGACAUAAAACAGAAUUUUACACAGCUGCCUUUACAGAAAAAUAAACAAGGAUGUAUUCUUGAUGUUUCUGAACAUAAAUUAAUUACAAAUGAAAGUAACUUAGAAGAACUAAAGGUGAAUCACUGUCCAUAUAGACUACAGACAUCUACACUAGUUUUCAAUUGCAAUAACAUUAGUAGUGCAUCUCAACUGACACAAAAGUCAGAUACUGUCCUUUUUCCAGCAAAGGAUCUGAAGGAAAAAAACCUUAACUCAGUAUUUGGUCAUGAUUGUGGUCUGAUAGCAACAAACAGUUCACAAGAGCACCUAACAAUUCAAGAAAAGAUUCCAUCCCAUAACCCUCCUGAGGAAUCCAAUGGAUGUAACCUCAAGAAUGUGGAUAGUUUACCUCAAGAAUAUAGUAAAAUCCACCGGAAAGUGAAAUUAUUCUUAGGAAGAAAUAAAAAAGGAAAUCUGGAACCAAAUAAGAAAAAAGAUGAAUUUCUUAUUACAGAAGAAGAAAACAGACUUUGUAGUUCACCAGUACAAUCUUUAUUGGAAUUAUUUCAGACUAGUGAAGAGAAAUCAGAAUUUUUGGGUUUUACAAGCUAUCCUGAAAACAGUGGUACAUGUGAUGCUUUAGAUAUUUGGGAAGAAGAAAACUCAAGUAAUCUGUUGUCAAUGUUUUUUUCUUCCCCUUCAAAUUCUACAUUUACUGGCUUUUAA